AUGGCUUCUCAAAUCCCUCCAGAUGUGAUUGAUGAUGUAUCGGAACAGAUACGGACGAAUUACAUGGGCUUCGCAAGCUUUACUAUCCUCAUCUGGGAUCACGUCGAUACGUUUACUGCCGAGGGGCGUAGGUUGAGUACAUAUGGCAAGGACGGAAAGGACCCAGUGGUCAGGAUUCCGACCGAGAUGGGCAUUCCUGAGGGACCUGUGAUUCCAGAAUCGAUAUCUGACACCUUUGGGCGUAUCUUUCACCCGUCUGGAAAACAGAUAUGUAACCACUUCAUUCGGUUUGAAGGAUCCAUGACCGUGAUUGGCAUCAACAUCGUUGCUAUGAUGAUGCUUCUUCGUGUGAAGGCGCUUUAUCACCGCCACUAUUGGGUCAUCGGGACCGUGGUGUUUUUGUGGUUGUUCCAGUUAUGUAUGAACUCGUGGUUGUUGACGAGGGGAGAAGCGGUGGUCCAUAAUAAGGCGUCCGGCGUUGUCGCGUGCACGAUGAUAUUCGAUCCGGCCAUUAAACUGGCAUCGUCGUCUGCGUGGCUCCCGCUUUUGUACGAUACCGUUGUUCUCAUACUCACCCUCAACCGUACCCUCCCGUCGCUCAGGAACAAGAAUUCGUCCUAUGUGAUGAAGAGGCUCUUGGAGGAUGGUUUGAUUUAUUAUACUGCCAUCUUUGCUGUUACACUUGUGUUGACGAUCAUGAUCGUCGCUGCUCCCCCUGGGAUCAAAAACAUCACUGCUCAACUUGAACUCCUAAUAACGGUGACAAUGAUGUCUCGAAUAACUCUGAACCUCAAGAAAUCGGCACACAAGGUACACGACACCGGCAUCCGUCCGGAGCUUCCCAGUUUAUUCACGCAACAAUCGCGGUUGCAUGCAAACUCCAAUAUCAAAAUCGUCACGCCAGGGUUUGAUAACCAACGCCGAGUAGGGCCUACAUUCGGCACGGGUAGUGUGGAUACGACAUUUCUGGGGGGCGGUGACGGGGACGAGGAUGUGGCGUUCCCGAUGGUUAGGGUGCCGAAUUAUUACCGGCGGAACACCCACUUGAGCACGAUCACGCAGGAGAGCUCGAAUUAUGAGCUUGGGGUUGGGAAGUCGAGCCCGGCAGGGGUUGGGAGGGCGGCUUUUGAGGAGGGUGCUGAGACUGAGGAGGAUUUGCGGGGGAGUGUGACUAUUGUCUACCCUGUCAUCGUCGUCGUGUUGAUGUGUGUAUUAUCAGCAAUAAGGGCUGAUGGUGGUAUGACACCGAUCGAAGCCAAAAUAGGCAAUGACGGAAGUCGGCAUCAUUCCGUGAAGUUCCUUAUAAAACCACACAGCCAAAUAUCUCUUCUCCUCCUCCUCCAUCUUGCCACCUAUCUACUCACCGAAUCAAUGGCCGCUCCAGCUCACUAUAUCCGCACAAUCCACACUUCGUUCACCGCUGCACAUCCAUCCGGCGCAUGGGCAAACGCUGCCUCAAAUACUGCUCGUUCUAAUGUCCUUCUCACCGUUAAUAAUAAUACGCAUCAUCCUUAUCACCAACACCAGCAAGCACAGGCUCAACUCCAGGUGCAGCACAAGUAUCCCCCAGGGUUAGGUCUUCCCAGCGGUUCUGGAGGCAGACGACGAGCGCGUAAUCCACCUUUGCCCUCGUCUUCUGCCUCUCAGCCUCGUCCCCCGUACAAGUUUGAUCCAUUUGCUGAUGAGCCGCUGUAUACUUCACCCCCACCAUCAUCGUCGCCGUUCUCAGCUGCUCACUCGGUCCUGUACAACACCCCUCCGCAAACUCAACCUUCUUCCUCCCAUCCGCUGUUGUACAGCACCCCGUCCCGGCCGUACACUAUCCAAAUCCCGCCUGCGGGCCCAACAGAAGUCAUCCGAGCUACUUCUUCUACUUCUCGGUUCUACGAGUUCAGCGCUGCGGACAAGGAGGCUAAGGCCAAGCUGGUGGCCGGGAUUUUAUUGAACAGGGUGCAUGCGGUAGGCAAGCCGAUCAGGAGGCGACCGUCGGUGGGCGAGCAGCCGCGUGCGUAUGUCAAAAGUGGACUUUCGAGGGUCGUUAGCGUCGAGGCAUAGGUGGCUUGUUGAUCACGACAUUGAACAACGACUGCGAUUAGCAGGCGACGACCAACAACAAUUGUAACCCUUGGCGCAUUAUUAUUACCCAUCCCACACACUCGUUAUUCCCCUCGCAACUUCAAGCGUUGUGAAAACCUUUCACUGUCAUUCCCUGCACGUUUUAUUCCCCCUCCCAUCCGAGUACCUUAUUGUUUUAUACAUAUCCCGACACGCUCCCUCUGCAUCCAUCAUCCCCUCAUCCAUCAUUUCCCCAACCCAAUCAUCAAUUGUUGUAUAUUAGCUACUCCCGCUCUUCUCUCUCUUGUCGUCACUUGGAUAUUAUCGCAUAGACUCCGACUCUUAACGCAAGGUACACGUAUUAGUAUUAUUUUCUUGUCAAUACAACACAUUUGCAUUAUC